AUGAAAAAAAAAUUUAUUCAGUCAUUUUUAAAAUUUAAAUAAUCACCCUAUUUUCUUUAUAAUUACCCUUUUAGGACAACUAAUAGAUUAAAACUACAAGAAGAUAAAAAAAAACUAUUUAAAAAACUUAUCCGGAUUUCAAAGUAAAAAUAAAUAGUCACCUUUGUAAAAAUAAAAAUCAUCAAGGCUAAAAUAAAAAAAUUUAGGGGUUACAAUUUGUAACCUCUAAAAUUACAGAUUGAUGGAUGA